AUGCUUGCCAACGACCGCGAGUCCUUCCCUGCAAUCGAAGGUGAAGUGCGGUUUGGCAGUGCGGACCACGUCGAAGCGAAUACGUUCCGACAUCAAAUGCUCUUCAACAGUGAAGAUGACAUUCACUUUCCCACUUUGACCGUGACACAAACGAUGCGCUUUGCACUGCGAAACAAAGCUCCCGAUAACAGGCCUGCUUACCUGCAGUCCAAAGAUGAUUUUGCGGAAGAGCUGGGCAACGACAUCCUUGAACAGCUCGGCAUUGGGCACACGAAGGGUACAUUGGUCGGCAACGAAUUCGUUCGCGGGGUUUCGGGUGGCGAAAGAAAGCGGGUUUCGAUAGCAGAGGUGAUGGCCGGACAAGCUCCCAUUCAAUGUUGGGAUAACUCUACCAGAGGGCUCGACGCAAGUACAGCAUUAGAUCUCGGAAGAGUGCUUCGACGUACGGCACAAGAGCAGAAGAAGUCAAUUGUUGCCACCUUCUACCAGACCGGCAAUGGGUUGUAUGACCAAUUCGACAAGGUGCUCGUCCUGUGUGAAGGCCGAACCAUCUACUACGGGCCGAGGGCAUUGGCUAAGUCUUACUUCGAGGACAUGGGUUUCGUGUGUCCGUCUGGAGGUGCGGUUGCGGACUUCCUCACGGCUGUGCCUGUGCAUACCGAACGCGUUAUCAGAUCUGGGUUUGAAAACAAAGUACCCAACACCGCGGAAGAGUUCGAAUCAAGGUACUACAAAAGUGCCAUCUGGCAAGCCAUGGACCAGGGAACAGUGGACUACAACUCCCUCUCUUACGAGAUUGAUAACCUUAGAGACGUCAUGGCGCUUGAGAGACAAAGGUCAUCGCUGUUGCGGAAGAUGCAAAGCGUAUACACCGUCAGUCUAAUGCAUCAAGUUUGGGCAUGCACCAUCAGGUCCUUCGAAAUCAUGUGGGGAGACCGGUGGUCUAUAGCUAUCAAGGCCAUCUCAGCUCUCCUCCAAGCCCUCGUCUGUGGAUCCGUCUUCUACAAUCUCUCAGACGCCAGCGACUCGGUUUUCUUGCGCCCGGGUGCUCUAUUCUUUGGAAUCCUCUACUUUGGGUUGCAGUCUCUGGCAGAAACAACGGCAUCAUUCCUCGGGAGACCGAUUUUAUCACGCCACAAACGCUUCGCCUACUACCGACCCACGGCCUUUUGCAUCGCAUCCGUCAUUGUCGAUAUCCCCGUAUACAUGUUCCAAGUCACCGUCUUCACCAUAGUACUCUACUUCAUGUGUCACUUCCAGUAUGACGCAGCCAAGUUUUUUACCUACUGGAUAGUCCUCAACGUAACCGUCUUCUGCUUCGCUUCCGAGUUUCGGGCCAUUGGCGCGUUGUUCAAGAACUUCGGCAAUGCAUCGAAAGUCUCUGGCUUUACGAUCAUGAUUAUGAUGGUCUGCGCAGGCUACAUGAUCCCCUUCAACUCGAUGCACGUCUGGUUUCGCUGGAUCUUCUACAUCAACCCAGCCUCGCAUGCAUUCGAGUCACUGAUGGCCAACGAAUGGAGCGGUCUGGAGCUGACUUGCAUUACGCCUCAGUACAUCCCGUAUGGCGAGAGCUACACUGACGACCGGUACCGCUCGUGUACGGUGGCCGGGUCGAGCGGCAAGGUAAUCCCCGGUGAUGCAUACAUUGCAGCGCAGUACAACCAUUCCAAGCACCACGUCUGGCGGGGAUUCGGUAUCAUCAUCGGCUUCUGGAUAUUCUUUGCAUGCCUCACCGCCAUUGGAUUUGAGAAGGCAGACAGUUCCGGUGGUUCAUCGCGUCUCCUGUUCAAACGCGGAAGCAAGCUGCAACGCACCCCUGUGCCUGUAGAUGUGGAGAAAGCCAGCGUAACCACUGAUCAGAAGCGGUCUCCAACGGGGCCGCCGGCCGAAGACAUAGCCUCCUCCUCGCACCAGUCCACCUUCACGUGGAAGAACCUGAACUACUACGUCAAGUACAGAGGAGAGGACAAGCAACUGCUGCGGGACGUUUGCGGAUACGUCAAACCAGGAUGUCUGCUCGCCCUCAUGGGUACUUCCGGCGCCGGCAAGACUACGCUAAUGGACGUUUUGGCGCAAAGAAAGGAUGCUGGACGCAUCGAGGGAUCCAUACUCGUUGAUGGAUUGCCUCAGGAUAUCACCUUCCAACGCACCACGGGAUACUGCGAGCAAAACGACGUCCACGAAGCCACCGCGACCGUGCGGGAAGCACUGUUGUUCUCGGCCCGUCUUCGCCAGGACUACGAGAUUCCAGACCAGGAAAAAGUUGACUACGUGGAAAACAUUAUCGACCUCCUCGAGCUGCGGGAUAUCCAAGACGCGCUUGUGGGCACGCCAGGAGCCGGCCUUACCAUCGAGCAGAAGAAGCGGCUGACGCUCGGAGUGGAACUGGUUGCGAAACCGAAGUUACUCUUCUUGGACGAACCAACCAGCGGACUUGACGGUCAGAGCGCUUUCAGCAUAGUACGCUUCAUGCGUAAGCUGGCGGGGAAUGGCCAGGCUGUCAUAUGUACGAUCCAUCAGCCGUCAGCAUUCGUUUUCAAUGCGUUUGACUCCCUCCUGCUCCUCGCCAAGGGCGGCCGCACAACCUAUUUCGGCGAGACGGGAGAGGGGUCCUCCAAGUUGCUUGAGUACUUUGCGCGCAACGGCGCUCCCUGCGCACCUGACGUCAACCCGGCAGAGCAUAUCAUCGAUGUUGUUCAAGGAAGGCAGAGCUCUGGCCAGGAUUGGGCGCAGAUAUGGCGAGAGUCUCCCGAGUGCAAGAGAACCCUCGACGAGUUGGAUCACUUGAACGAAAGCAUACGAUCCCUUGCCCAAGGACAUAGCAAAGACAACCAUACAGAUUCGUCACGCAGCUUCGCUACUCCUCUGCUACAUCAAAUGAAGCAAGUAACAAUCCGGCAAUCUGUUGCGCUGUGGAGGAAUCCGGAUUACGUGUGGAACAAAAUCCUGCUCCACGUCGUCCAGGCGCUCUUCUCCGGCUUCGCCUUUUGGAAGGUUGGCAAUGGAACCUUCGACCUCCAGCUGCGCUUGUUUUCCGUAUUCAACUUUGUCUUCAUCGCACCUGGAGUCAUCAACCAGCUGCAGCCUCUCUAUUUGCGGAACCGGGACAUAUUUGAAACACGUGAGAAAAAGUCCAAGACUUACCAUUGGUUCGCCUUCGUCUUCGCCCAAUGUGUCUCCGAAAUCCCCUGGCUCAUACUCUGCGGCACGCUCUACUUCAUCUGCUGGUACUUCCCUUCCGGCCUGCCCGUGCAGGCCUCGAUAUCGGGCCAGAUCUUCUUCCAAAUGAUCCUCUACGAGCUCCUCUACACCUCCAUCGGCCAAGCCAUCGCGACGUACGCGCCGAACGAAUACUUCGCCUCGCUGAUGAACCCGAUCGUGCUCGGCGCCGGCCUGAUCACCUUCUGCGGCAUCGUCGUGCCGUACGGGCAAAUCACGUCCUUCUGGCGCCACUGGCUCUACUGGCUCGACCCCUUCUCGUACCUCGUCGGCGGCCUGCUGACGCAGCUGCUGUGGGACGUCGACGUGCGCUGCUCAUCCAGCGAACUCACAUCCAUCCCGCUGCCGCCUGACGGCAGCACCACCUGCGGCGAGUACAUGGCCGCGUUUCUCAAAGAGAACGCCGGUUCCUAUGCUAUGGUGUUUGUUAUGAUGAAGUUGAGGAGCAAGGCGACUAAGAGCGCCUCUGGAUAG